AUUAUAGUACUAAUAUUAUUCCCACUCUCACACUGUCACACUCUCACUCCCAAUAAUUCUUCCUCCUCUCCUACUGCUGCUGGAUCUUCUCCGGCCAUGGCCGUGCUCCGCCGCCGCCGCCGCCAGCUAGCCCUCUACUUCGCCACCCUCGCUCUCUUCGCCCUUCUCUCCUCCGCCUCAGCUCUAGGCCUCACCCUUCCUCGCCAAUUAACGGAGGUGGAGCGGAGGAGGCUGGGGGGGCCGGGGUCGUGGCCGCCUUCGUGCAGAUCGAAAUGCGGGAGGUGCACGCCGUGCAAGGCGGUGCACGUGCCGAUUCAGCCGGGGAUGAGUAUGCCGUUGGAGUACUAUCCAGAGGCGUGGAGAUGCAAGUGUGGGAAUAAGCUCUUCAUGCCUUAGUACUCUAUUUUUCUUUUCUUUUUUUGGAUGUGUAUAUAAAAAAAAUAGAACAAAUGUUGAAUGACUGAUUGAAUAUGAUGUUGGAAUUUGGUCUGUCUAACAACAACCUGCAUAGAUUUUAGCUCAAUCUGUUGUUUAGUUAUUUUUUUUUCAAGUUACUGAAUUUGUUGCUUUUGUAUUUUUUGCACUUUUUUCUAGCAGCAGAGAAGGGUCUUGGGAAUGUAAUUUAUGAGUUACGACUGUCAAAAAGGGAGCUUUAAUUCCAUUUUUCUCUGCAAA